AUGGCGGCUCGGGCUUACGACUCGGCGGCUUUCUUCCUCAAAGGAGCCUCUGCCAUCCUUAAUUUCCCCGACCUCGUCGACUCCCUCCCUCGCCCUCUCUCCUCCUCCCGGAGAGACAUACAAUCCGCCGCUGCCAUGGCCGCCCUCCACCACCCCACCGGAGACGACUCCACCACGACGUCGUUUCAGGAUGUCUUGGAAGCUCCUCUUAUGAGCCCCCCCUCCGCUUUGAUUCCACUUUCGGAGACUUUUCAUGGAACCAAGUCUUUGAUCACAUUCUCAUCAUGGAAUCAACAAUAA